AUGGAGAAAUUGAAAACGUUACUGAUCGCGAAUCGGGGUGAAAUCGCUGUCCGAAUUGCCAAAACCGCCAAAGAGCUAGGUGUCCGCACGAUCGCAAUCUACACUGCCGCCGACGCGACAUCACAACACCUCCGAGUGGCUGAUGAGGCAGUCCUACUAUCUGGUGAUGAUUCUACCGCAUACAUCAACGGAGAUGCAAUCAUAGAGAUCGCACAUUCAUAUAAUGUUGAUGCCAUUAUUCCUGGCUACGGAUUCCUGUCUGAGAACGUAGAAUUUGCCCAAGCUGUCACCAAUGCGGGUAUGGUGUUUGUGGGGCCUCGCUCCGAAGCGAUUGAAUCAUUCGGGUUGAAGCAUCGGGCUCGAGAUAUUGCUGUGGCAGCCGGGGUUCCAAUAGUCCCCGGGACAAAGGGGCUCCUUGUUACAGAAGAGGAGGCGGUAGAUGCGGCAAAUGAACUGGGAUAUCCGGUGCGAGACCUUGCCCGUUUAUGGCUGUCAACCUUUGCUGACGAUAUUAUCCUACAGGUGAUGCUCAAAGCAACCGGUGGGGGUGGUGGUAUGGGAUUAACGAUAUGCAAAUCCGUUGAAGAGGUCCGAGAGUCCCUGAUACAAGUUAGGUCCAGGGGAGAAACCUUGUUCAAGAAUGCUGGCGUGUUUAUGGAGCGUUACUACCCCGAGAGCCACCAUAUUGAGGUUCAAGUCUUCGGCAAUGGUCUUGGAGACGCCAUUCAUAUCGGUGAGCGCGAGUGCUCAAUCCAACGGCGCCAUCAAAAGGUUGUUGAAGAGUGCCCCAGCCUAUUUGUGGAAAGGCACCCAGGUCUUCGUGAAAAACUCACCUCCGCAGCGGUCGCUUUGACAAAGUCCAUUCACUAUGGAUCUGCAGGCACGGUGGAAUACCUAGUUGAUGAUGUAUCGGGCGAUUUCUUCUUCCUGGAAAUGAACACGCGUCUCCAAGUUGAACACGGCAUUACCGAGCUCUGUUAUGGAGUUGAUAUUGUGAAGCUUAUGCUUCAACAAGCCGACCGAGAGCUUUGCGGUCUCGGUGGUCUAGAAAAAAGCUAUAUUGAAGCUUUACAACCAGACAAGCCUUCGGGAUGCGCAAUCGAAGUUCGUGUGUACGCAGAAAAUCCUGCACGAAACUAUUCCCCUUCUCCUGGAUUGCUUCAGCAUGUUAAAUGGAGGGAGUUGAGCGGCACUCGAAUCGAUACGUGGGUCGCUACCGGAACUCGAAUUUCCACAUAUUAUGGUGGGUCGCCACACUCGAACUAUGAUUCGAAAGAAAAAGCUGACUCGAAAAUCUCAGAUCCAAUGAUUGCAAAGUUGAUGGUACAUGAUAUUAGCAGAACAGCAGCCAUUGAUAAGUUAGGCGAUGUCUUGUCGCACUCUACCCUCUGUGGACCACCCACAAAUUUGGACUUCUUGCACGCAAUCGUUGACUCUAGUGAAUUCCGCUCGGGUCAUACCCUCACCAACUUCUUGGCUAAUUUCGAGUUCACACCUGCUGCGAUCGAUGUCAUAUCCCCAGGUGUAUAUACGACAGUGCAGGACUAUCCAGGCCGCCCCACGACUGGGCGAGGAAUUCCACAAGCAGGGCCCAUGGACCCUUUGGCAUUUCAAGUUGCAAAUAUUUUGACUGGCAAUCCCGUCGGUACUGAAGGCCUAGAGAUCACAUUGAAAGGACCAGAGAUACGAUUUCUCGCUCCGGCGGUGAUAUCAGUUUGUGGAGCCCCUAUGGAAAUUUCAAUCGAUGGGACCAACGUGAGAAUGUGGACACGACUAUACAUCAAGUCUGGUCAAAUUUUAUCAAUUGGAAAGCUUAAUGGAUCUGGGGGCUGUCGAGGUAGAUACUGUGGAUCAAAGUCGACAUCCCCGCUACUUUCAAUUGGCGGGUAUCAAGGCAGAGCGCUCGCUCCAGGUGAUAUGUUGGCUAUUUCGAAGCUCGAUGACAUGAAACCCGAGCCUGAACUCUCAUUGCCAGCCCAUUUGCGGCCUGAAUACUCCUCUCACUGGGACAUUGAUUCCAUGGUUGGGCCUUACGACGAAGGUUACAUUGUAUCCGAAGAUAUUGACAUGAUAUACGACACAGUUUGGGAUGUCUCCCAUAAUGCCACCCGGGGCGGAAUUCGCCUUGUUGGCCCUGCUCCUAGAUGGGCAAGAGAAGAUGGGGGCGAUGGUGGGCAACACCCUAGCAACGUAAUUGAAUAUGGAUACCCGAACGGAACUUUGAACUGGACAGGAGACAGUCCUUGCAUAUUUCCAGUGGAUGCCCCUGAUCUUGGUGGCUUCAUAUCCUCGACGACAAUUGUGAACGCCAGCCUCUGGCGUAUGGGCCAGCUUAAAUCCGGUGAUACUAUUCGAUAUCGCAGAAUAUCGUUGAAGGAUGCUCUUCUGGCUCGCGGAAAAUUAGAAAGGUUUUUGGAAAAUGUGGCGUCACUGGUAGCUGGCCACUGCGAUGUCAACAACAUAGAGCCGAUCUCCAAUUCCAAAUUGCCAGAGUCCACUAUUUCUGGCAACUGGGGGAAGGCGUUGAUUCAUAGCACUGUUUUGGGUGAAUCUGGAAUAUUCAUGACAUUCAGACAGGGUGGUGAUGACUUUUUAUUAGUCGAAUUUGGUGAUGGGAAGUUCGAUUUGAAUCACCGGUGCAGGGUAACAGCAUUAGACCAAGCCUUCAAUAAGUUUCAAGAGUCUCAUGAAGCUGUGCGGCAAGCUGUGCUCAAGACCACAGGAUGUUGCAAUUCGCUUCUCAUUCAUUAUAAUGGUCUGAAGCUUGCCCAGGAUAAGCUUGUCGGGAUUCUGGUAUCGUUGCAAGAAACGGAUGGCGAUCUCAGUAGGUCGCAUGUUCCAAGUCGAAAGUUCCGUCUUCCCAUCUGCUUCGAAAGCCCAGCCCAGCAGGAAGCUAUCCAGCGCUAUAUGGAGACGCAAAGACCAUAUGCUCCAUUUUUACCCAGUAACAUGGAAUUCGUUGCUGGGAUUAACGGCAUUACACAUGAUGAAUUAGUCGAUAUUUUCCUCUCGGUUGAGUUCAUGGCUAUAUGUGUCGGAUUCUUCUGUGGCGAUACUAUCUGUCUCCCAAUUGAUCCCCGCUACCGGUUAAAAUGCCCCAAGCAGAACCCCAGUCGUGUGUACACCCCAGAAGGAAGUGUUAGCUGGGGUGGAUCGUGCAUGAACAUCUACCCGGUUGACUCUCCAGGUGGUUAUCAGAUGACAGGACAGACUAUUCCUUGUUUCGACCAAUUGGGACUAAAACCCGACUUCUCGGCAGAUCAGCCAGGGCUUUUCCGCGACUUCGAUCAGAUCACCUUCUACCGGGUAGAGAAGGAAGAGUUGGCGCGUGAGAUGGCCCGUUUCCGGGCCGGUAGUUACAGAUUCCAGUACGAAGAUGUCAUAUUUGAUAUGAGCGCCCACAACCGUCUUCUCAAUGAAACCAGUGAAGAAACAGCGGAAUUCAAGUCUCGCCAAGCCAAGGCACAGGUAAAAAUGCUGGCCCUAGAAAAGGAGUCGAUGGACAAGUGGAUGGAGGAAAAAACGAAAAACAACGUUCCUGCCGAUGAAAUCGAACUUCUGAGACAAGACCCUGAUAUUUUAACGCUAUUUGCUCCUCUCGAUGCAAAUGUUUGGAAAGUUGAUACAGAGGAUGGUAAUGUCGUUUCCUCUAGUCAUCCUGUUAUUGUCCUCGAGGCAAUGAAGAUGGAAGUCUCUGUUUCCUAUAAUGGGGAUAAGAAAGAUGGUUUUGAUCAGUCCUUCAGAGUGGAGAAAGUGCUUGUUCAGCCGGGUGAUACUGUAAAGGCCGGAGAUGCGCUUGCAUUUUUGAGAAAUCUGUGA